AUCUUUAUUAUGUUAUAAAAAGUAAAAUGCAAAUAGAGCAAUAUUCAGUUAAUGAAAUUCUGACAAAGAUUGGAGACAAGGGAAAUAAGUUUUUUGUAAUUCUCAAGGGAUAGGUUGGGGUUUUUGUAAAAAAUGAAGAUCAAUUGACAAUGAUUAAUGUAUGUAAAGAAGGUGAAGGAAUGGGAGAACUUUCAAUAAUAUCAAAUAAGGCAAGAAUGGCAACAUUAAUCUGUUUAACUGAUUGUGUCAUUUCUACUUUAACAGCAUCUCAAUAUAAACGAUAUAUUAUGUAGAAUGAUAUAUAUAGAAUAAAUAAUCUAGUAGCUUUAUGUGAUAAAGUGAGCAUAUUUGAUUCUCUUAACAGACCAGCAAAAAUUAUGUUGAUGUUAUGUAUGAAUGAAGUUGAAUUUAUAAGAAAAUAGAUAAUAUACAAAUAAGCUUAAUAAGCUAAGAAUUUGUAUAUUAUAAUAGAAGGUUCUAUAAAAUUGAGCAUAAAGUAAGGUUAAAAAUAAAAGACCUUAUGUGUUAUCAGUUAGAAUGAGAUUUUAGGUGAUUUGAUGGGAUAGGAAUGGUAUUAGGAAACAGCAGAAUGUGAAUCUUAAAAUUGUCGACUUAUGAGCAUUAAUAAAAAAACGUACUUAUUUUCUUAUGUAGUUUACAGAAAGUUCUAUAAUCAACAGGUUCAUUGGGAAUUCUAUAGGAAAUUAAGGAAAGUGGUUAAAUGAAAAAUUGUUAUAGAUCUUACUUAAAAGAUA